AUGGCAACUCUUCAGAAACUGUUAUGGUGUCAAGAGUAUUGUGAAUUUCGCGAUGAAGUAGUUCUGGUGGAGGGGCGUUUCGUACUGGAGAAAAAACACGGCGAAUGUUUGUGUAUGGUACAUGCAGGAUUGACCGAAACCGUUGUGCUAAUAGCUGAGGAGUGGGUGGAUUCAGAUAAGGAAUGCCUGAAGACGCCUGUAGUUUCGAAAGAUUCAGCAUCUAAUGUAGAGUACCUUCAUCUAGCUCAUCUCUUCCCGUUGCAGGGCACCAAGCUGUCGACGAGGAGACACCAGGAACACCGAGGGGAACAUGUUCUACGGCUCCGUCUGUCUACUGGCAAGACGUGGUACCUCGAACUGGCUGAAGGGAGACACCGUGAGGACAGGUGGAGGGAAUGGUUGGCCUGGAUACAUGACACGGAUGAGAAGCGGAAUGAGAGACGCCAUCAUCAAAAAGGCAUAAAACCGAUCCUUGCGGAACAUACUCAGAAUCAGGGGAGAUCAAAGAGUUUUCCAAAUACUGGAAGUGAUGAUGCAAUCCACAGCACAGACAGCGGUGCAGCGACGCGACACGACAAGAAACGUCGCGAGUCCAGAGCCUACCAUUGGGUUGGUCACUUCCAGGGGGCGCUCUCUCGAGAUCAUGAAGACGAAGUGUUGGCUAAAGACCCUAACACACCAUACAUAGGCCUUCCUGGUGCAGUACUCGACCCCAAAAAUGAUGAAAGAAAUGGCCAUUCACACGUUUCUUUGAAGCAUGAUGAUGGACACGGACUUUCAACCGGCACCCAAAAGAUGGAUCACACCUCUUCACUCGUCUGGGGUGAACCCCACUCUCUUCCCGCUGUCCAACAAGCAAGUAACAGCAGCACCGAUGCCUAUUCCAGCCUACUAGACAUUGAGAGCCUUGGUAGUUUACUUGGAGAUUCAGGUGUGGAUUGGAAGCAUCCAGUGUCACGUGAAAUCAACCAGAAACUGCUCCUUUGCGUUGGUGACCUGUUCCAGAAGUUCAACAUGGAAGCUCAUGGACACGGACAUGUCGGAAGGUGGCGCCCUGUGGCGUCAAUGACUGCUGUUGACCAGCUUAAGACCCCUGCUAUUUGCAAAACAAAUGGGGAGAGUAUCUUCUUUCCUACUGUUCAGGAGAAAGAAACCAUCUACCAUCGAUGCUCUCUACCUGACAUCUUAGAAGGAGAGGCCAGCUUCUUGGACGACCUGCACAAGGCGGCAGCUGAUGCCCAUCGAACCUCUCUCGUCUACAUGGACCUUCUCAAUGAAGACGAUAACAAGAAGCCCCACGUGAUCAACGGUCACGUGAUGCUGCUGUCUCCAGAGCAGACGAGACUUCAGGAGGAGAUCACGAGAUCUCGUGAGACGGCACAAGAUUUGGAGUUUGUUGUCGCCGGGCAUGAUGGGAUAGCAAUGGGUGCGAGAAAGGAAGUAGAGGGCAACAGUGUUGCGAAGAACCAUUCUCAUGGGAAGAGAAGGAAGAGCUUGGCUGAAUGUUUCAAACACAAACUCCAUCUUCGCAAACGGGUACAGAAAAGUAGAGAAGACAAGGGUGCUGGAUGUCAAAAGGAAAACAAAAAUCACUCUAAGGGAAUUCUAAACACAAUAAAGAAAGUGAAUAUAUCUAGAGAACACAGGGGUGGAAGCACAGGAUCCAGCAUUAGAAGUCGGGGUAUAACCAGUAUCAAAGACAUUCCCCCAGAGCUACUUGCUAUUGAACUCGCUCUGAUCGACUCAAGCUUGUUCGUUCGUGUACGGGAAGCAGAGUUAGUUGACUGUCAAUGGCUCAAAGGAGACAAGCAUUCUCGGGCCCCUCACACAUCCAAGUUUAUCAAGUUCUUCGAGCGUGUCGUGGGUCUCGUCUCUACCGAGAUAUUGCUCCUUAAGACGGUCGGGGAACGGGCGGCCACGAUGGCUAGAUUCGUCGAGGUUGCUGAGAGGUGCCGUUUGAUGCAGAACUUCCACAGUUUGAAGGCAGUCUUGUGCGGGAUGAAGGUGCUACCCAUUUAUCGUCUCAAAAAUACUUGGAAGGCUUUCGAGGAGGAGUUUUCCUAUGAGUUUGAACUAUGGGAAGAGCUCGUCACCCUGAUGACGGACGAUGGGAAGAAUGAUCAAUACAAAAUGGCCGUCGAGAAGUCCAUGAGAUCACAACCUUGCCUGCCAUUCUUCGGAGUUUUCGUUCUGCAAGUUGUAGACUUGUACUCGACAGUGGACCGGGCUGGGAUGAGAGAGAGAAAGUUUGUCAAAGUAGCUCAUCACUCAACCUCCAGCCAAAACUCAUCACAGCGAGAUGACGUCACUGCAACGUCACCAGCUAUGAUCUCAUCAAGACCUACGAACCAGAAAGGCUUCUUUGGUGCCUUUGCUUCUGCCUGGAGCACCGUUCGUCAUCCUCCUGGUAAAGAACAGCAUACCGAUAAAGUGGUAGAUUCCUCUGGGACAGAAACUGGCAUGACCAAGGCCAGGAAAGCUCACAUACAGAAGCUUGUCAUAAACUAUGCAAAGAGUUGUGCCGAAGAGCGUGGGAUAACAUGGAGGGCAGAGACGCCCAAAGACACCCUGGGUGCAGCCCUCUGGGCCGGACUUGAUGGGUUAUUGGACUGGGGGAAUCUCUUUGCAAAGGUACAACCAACUGGAAGUACAACACCACCAACUGCAGAGGAAGAAGAAGAAGAGAAAAGGAAGAAGACUGCCGAGUAUGAGUUGUAUGAAACGUUCUUUAAGCACCAAAUUGCCGCUGUGCAAUACAGAUAUGAGAGUAACAGACUGGUCAGAAACUACCUACUGAAAACCAGCUACAAUACUCAAGAACAGAACCAUCGACUCUCGAUGGGUCGCGAACCUCCUAGCGACUGA